GUUUGGGCAAGGCGGGGCAGGCGCCGGAUUUCCCGCGUCGGAGAAUCGCUCUUAAAGGGCCGGCCCACAUGCGUCCUUUUGUUCCGGGGCCGUUGGGUGGCGCAGGCCCAACUUUUGUCUCUCUGUUUACUCUGCAGAACUGCCAUGAUUUCCCAGUUCUUCAUUCUGUCCUCCAAGGGGGACCCACUCAUCUACAAGGACUUCCGCGGGGACAGUGGCGGCCGGGAUGUGGCUGAGCUCUUCUACCGGAAGCUGACGGGACUGCCCGGAGAGGAGUCCCCCGUUGUCAUGCACCACGAUGACCGUCAUUUUAUUCACAUCAGACACAGCGGUCUCUAUUUGGUGGCCACAACUUCAGAAAAUAUUUCUCCCUUCAGCCUCCUAGAGCUGCUCUAUCGGCUAGCCACCCUCCUGGGCGAUUACUGUGGCUCUCUGGGAGAGGGGACCAUCUCCCGCAACGUGGCUCUUGUCUAUGAACUCCUGGAUGAAGUGUUGGAUUAUGGCUACGUACAGACCACAUCCACAGAGAUGCUGAGGAACUUCAUCCAGACGGAGGCGGUGGUUAGCAAACCCUUCAGCCUCUUUGAUCUCAGCAGUGUUGGCUUGUUUGGAGCUGAGACACAACAGAGCAAAGUGGUCCCUAGCAGUGCAGCCAGCCGCCCUGUCCUGUCCAGCCGCUCUGACCAGAGCCAAAAGAAUGAAGUGUUUUUGGAUGUGGUUGAGAGACUGUCCGUACUGAUAGCAUCUAAUGGCUCGUUGCUGAAGGUGGAUGUGCAGGGAGAGAUCCGACUCAAGAGCUUUCUUCCCAGCGGCUCUGAGAUGCGCAUUGGCUUGACAGAAGAAUUUUGUGUGGGGAAGUCAGAACUGAGAGGUUAUGGGCCAGGAAUUCGGGUGGAUGAGGUCUCAUUUCACAGCUCGGUGCACCUGGAUGAGUUUGAGUCUCAUCGAAUACUCCGCUUGCAGCCACCUCAGGGCGAGCUGACUGUGAUGCGGUACCAACUCUCAGAUGAUCUUCCCUCCCCGCUCCCCUUCCGGCUCUUUCCCUCUGUGCAGUGGGACCGAGGCUCAGGCAGGCUCCAGGUUUAUCUGAAGUUACGAUGUGACCUGCCCCCAAAGAGCCAGGCUCUCAACAUCAGGCUGCAUCUUCCCCUGCCUCGAGGGGUGGUCAGCCUGUCUCAGGAGCUGAGUAGCCCAGAGCAGAAGGCAGAGCUGGGGGAUGGAGCCCUUCGCUGGGACCUGCCUCGAGUGCAAGGAGGCUCUCAGCUCUCAGGCCUUUUCCAGAUGGAAGUCCCAGGUCUGCCUGGGCCUCCUGGUCAAGAGCAUUCCAUCUCAGCCUCUCCUCUGGGGCUGGGCCCUGCGAGCCUCUCCUUUGAACUUCCCCGGCACACGUGUUCCGGCCUCCAGGUUCGCUUCCUCAGGCUGGCAUUCAGACACUGCAGCAACACCAACCCCCACAAGUGGGUACGACACCUAAGCCACAGUGAUGCUUAUGUGAUUCGGAUCUGAGGCUUCCCAAACAAGGACACUGGCAGUAAAGGUGAUGGCCUGUGGUUAAGAAAGA